AUGGCAGCCGUCGAAGUAAUCCCCCCGCCCUUCUUCAGCCCUUACCUGGACGACCAGCUCUCCAAGCUCGCUGCCAGGCAGAUCCCCUGGGAGCGCGCCAAGCUGCUGUCGCAGGAGGAAUGCACCCUCAUCCGUUCUCUUGACAGGCUCCCCCUCUCACAACGCGGCCACAAGAUCGCUACCGAGGGCGCGCAGUAUGCCAAGCUCUACAUCGACCUGCUGCGUAAACUGCAGCGCGUCGACACGGUGCAGGCCGUUCUCGUGUCCAUCUCGGUCAUGCUCGCGGACAUGAAGGCGUUCCACUACUUCCACGACCUUCGCAAGGACAACCCGCUCGACCCGUACCAGCCCAUCGUCAAGUGCCUCACGAUGGACACGGAUGAGGAGUUUGUCCACCUCGAGAGCCUUCGGAUAUUGGCGCUCCUCAUUGCGACGGACUCGACCGACUUCCCGGACGAGCUUCUCCCCACUCUGCUCACGUCGCUCGCGUCGUUUAUCAACGGCCCGCACCUCCAGUCCCGCGACAUUGCGACGCAGGUGCUCAACGCUGUUCUGGGCAAGAAACAGUUCCGCUCCGCGGUGUGGAAGCAGGGCGAUUGCAUCUCGGGUCUCGUUAAGUGGCUCAAGGACAACAUCUCGCCGCAGCAGCAGUACGGGGCCAUCUCGUGCAUCUGGCAGCUAUCGUUUGAGCAGAACGCCGCUGAGGGGUUGGACAAGAAGUACGACAUCGUUGCGCUGUUCACCGAGAUUGCCAAAUCGGCCGUUAAGGAGAAGGUCAUCCGUGUGAUCGUGGCCACGUUCCGGAACCUGCUUACUCUUGCACCCUCGCAGAACCUCCCGUCAAUGUUCGUCGUGCGCCUGCUCCCUUUUGUCGACUCUCUCACCGAGCGCAAGUGGAGCGACGAGGACGUGGUCGAGGACCUCCAGUUCCUUAAGGAAGAGCUUAAGGAGCGCCUCGAGGGCCUGACGACAUUUGACGAGUACGUCUCCGAGCUCGAGUCUGGUCACUUGGUCUGGUCUCCCGCACACGAGAGCGACGACUUCUGGCGCCUCGAGGUUGGCCGCAUCCAGACCGAGGCGAACGGCAAGCUCGUGCGCCGCCUCAUCGAGUUGCUCAACACGUCGCACGACCCCGUCGUGCUGGCCGUUGCUUGCAACGACGUCGCCAAAUUCGUCAAGUACGGCGGAGACAAGAGCAAGCAGCUCCUCAACGAGGGCAACGGCAAGACGCGCGUCAUGCAGCUCAUGACUAGCGAGAACCCCGACGUGCGGUACUGGGCCCUCAUGGCUGUGCAGCAGAUCAUGAGCCAGCACUGGUUGAAGUAA